AUGGUUGUGUUGGUUGUAGCACAAGUACUCCCGACGCAGCCGGAUGGAUGUCCCAGCUUUCUCGACAAGAUGUUCGCUCGAGAUGCCAUGGAGAGCAGGCGAAUGAAGCUGGCGAAACAUCAGUACCACCUCGACUUGCUACUGCAGAUUCACCAGCGUUCAGGUGCUGCGACAUCUAUGGAACAAGAACCAGAGUGUUGUGACUUUACACGACCAUUCGCGACGUCGCAAGAUGACAGCAGCACCUAUGAACAUCUUAACCCACUACGAAGAAGCGCCACCUCACAGUCACGAGGGUUGACACUCCCCUUCAAAGUAGCGCCGGGUUAG